AUGCCCUUCGCGCAACUCGUCAUCGGGCCUCCGGGAGCGGGGAAGUCGACAUACUGUAAUGGAAUGCAUCAGUUCAUGGGAGCUAUAGGAAGGAAAUGUUCGAUCGUGAAUUUGGAUCCGGCGAAUGAUCAGACUUCAUACCCGUGUGCGCUGGACGUGCGCGAUCUGGUGACGCUGGAGGAGAUAAUGGCAGAAGACACUUUAGGGCCGAAUGGCGGGGUGCUGUAUGCGCUGGAAGAGCUUGAGAAUAACUUUGGAUGGUUAGAGGAGGGUUUGAAGGAAUUAGGGGAUGACUACAUUCUGUUCGAUUGCCCUGGUCAAGUCGAGCUAUUCACACACCACUCAUCACUACGAAACAUCUUUUUCCGAAUAUCAAAGCUUGGAUAUCGAUUAAUAGUAAUUCACCUCGUCGACUCAUACAGCCUCACCCUCCCAUCGAUGUACAUCUCCGCUUUACUCCUCUCCCUCCGCUCCAUGCUCCAAAUGGACCUCCCACACAUCAACGUGCUCACCAAAAUCGAUAACUUAUCAAAUUACUCGCCUCUGCCAUUCAACCUCGAUUUCUACACCGAAGUACAAGACCUCAAUUACCUCCUCCCACACCUCGAAGCCGAGACCUCACGACUAUCGCACGAGAAAUUCGGCGCUUUGAAUCAAGCCAUCAUCGAUCUAGUGCAGGAAUUCGCGCUCGUAGCGUUUGAGACGCUUGCGGUAGAGGAUAAGAAGAGUAUGAUGCAUUUGUUACAGGUCAUUGAUCGCGCGAGUGGAUAUGCGUUUGGGCCCGCUGAAGGUGCGAAUGAUUCGAUAUGGCAGGUUGCUGUUAGACAAGGGUGGGGGGAUCUAAAUAUUUCGGAUGUGCAGGAGAGAUGGCUGGAUGCAAAGGAUGAAUACGAUGAGCAUGAGAGGAGAGAAUUAGAAGAGGAGGCAAAGGCAAAGGAAGCGAAAGCACGUGGUCAGGAUGAUAUGGAUGAUGAGAUGCUGGAUUUUGAGGGGAUGGUGCCCGAUAGUGGUACAAAAGUUAUUCGGAAGUCGAAAUCGUGA